UUUGCAAGACCAACUAUACAAUUCAUAUCGUAGCUGGCGUGAUUGCUGGAAUUAUUAUGCUCACUGCAAUCAUAGCUACUAUAGUGUACAGAAAUUGGCGCUACGAGCAAGCAUUGGCAAGCUUACUUUGGAAGAUAGAUUACAAUGAGUUGGAAUUCAAGAGCAUAUGUCACGGCAGUCGGUUAAGUAUUGCGACGCAUGAUUCAAGAGUGUCUAUGUACGCAGACCCGUUGUCAGGGCGGGGUCAGGUUUUCACCCGGGUGGGGCGGUACAACCACACCCUGGUAGCCAUUAAACCCGUCCACAAGAAGCACAUUGAGAUGAGCCGCUGUCUUCGAAAGGAACUUAAAGUGAUGCGAGACAUGUGUCACCCGAAUCUGUGUCAGUUCAUCGGUGCCUGCCCUGACCCGCCUAAUAUCUGCAUCCUCACGGAGUACUGUACACGAGGCAGUCUGCAGGAUAUCCUGGAGAAUGACGACAUCAAGUUGGAUGAAAUGUUCAUUGCAUCGUUAGUGUCGGAUAUUGUCAAGGGAAUGAGGCAUCUACACAGCACAGAGAUCCGUACCCAUGGAAACCUUAAGUCCAGUAAUUGCGUGGUGGAUAGCAGAUGGGUCCUGAAAAUCACCGACUUUGGUUUGGUUCACUUUAAAGUCGGGCAACAGCCCCCAGACAUGGGAGAACAUGCAUAUUACCAAGAUUUACUGUGGAAGGCCCCCGAGGUAUGGGAGCCACAAGGGACGCAGAAAGGUGAUGUCUACUCCUUUGGGAUCAUUCUCUAUGAGAUAGCCCAUAGACAGGGGCCCUUCGGGAACUGCGAGCUCAGCCCAAAAGAAAUCUACGAGAAGGUGAAAACCCUGGGAGAAACGAUUCCCUUACGACCCAAUGUGAUGGAGAUAGAGAAUGGUCACGAAUGUCUCCUGACCGUCAUGCAGGAGUGUUGGGUAGAGGAUCCCGAGGCCAGACCAGACUUCAAGACGAUUGCAAACAAACUCAAGCCUCUCCAUAAAGGAAUGAAAUCGGACAUCCUAGAUAACAUGGUGAUGAUUAUGGAGAAGUAUGCCAACAACUUAGAGGAGAUCGUCGAAGACAGAACCCAGCAGCUAGUAGAGGAAAAGAAGAAGACGGAAAAUCUAUUACAUAGAAUGUUGCCAAAACCAGUAGCAAAUCAGCUGAAGCGUGGCAUGCAGGUUGUGCCCGAGUCGUUCGAUUGCGUCACUAUCUUCUUCAGCGACAUCGUCGGCUUCACAAAGCUGUCAUCGAUGAGCACGCCUUUCCAGGUGGUUGAUCUCCUCAACGACCUCUACACUCUAUUCGAUGACAUCAUCAGUUACUACAACGUUUACAAAGUCGAGACCAUCGGCGAUGCCUACAUGCUUGUCUCGGGGCUGCCCAUUCGAAACGAUAAUCGACACGCGGCCGAGAUCGGCUCGACGGCACUCCAUCUCAUCGACGAAGUGCAGAAGUUCAAAAUCCGACAUCGCCCCGACGACACGCUCAAGUUGAGAGUAGGCAUUCAUUCCGGCCCGGUGGUGACUGGUGUGGUAGGUCUAACAAUGCCUCGGUACUGCUUGUUUGGUGAUACCGUCAACACAUCAUCCAGGAUGGAAUCGAAUGGAGAAGCCUUGAAAAUCCACUGCAGCGCCGAGUGCAAAGCUAUUUUAGACGAGGUCGGAGGUUAUGACGUACCAGAGAGAGGCAUAGUCGCCAUGAAAGGAAAAGGAUCACUUCUAACAUACUGGCUUGUGGAUCAGGAUCCUUCUUACAAGCGAUUUAAGCCAAGGAGUGAAGACGUAGAGGAAGCCGUCGAGGAUACGGAUAGUCUGAGCGAAAAGCAUAAGAUGAAGAAGAGUCCAGGGAAAAGCUACUUGCGGACGCCUCUAGGGUCAACCUAUAUGGCGCCCUCUACGUCCACACCUACUACCGGCAUGAAAUCCUCGCGUAGCGUACAGGAUAUCAGCAGCUCGAACUUGAGGGAAGAUGCUCAGUUGAGGAGAGACUCGGAUGUGGUAACGCGGAGACGCAACAGCGAUAUCUCGAGGACCGAACUACCUAAAAACGGCAAGAACGGAUAUACCCUGCUCCCCAUGGAUUGUGAUGAUUCACUGCCGUGCUCCAAGAGUGAAGAGGUAGAGAUCAGGACAACGGACUUCGGGGAUGGCAGUGGCGAUUGCUCCAGUCAGGCUCGCAGUGUUUCUGCUUGUUCGCUGAAUAGGUGUGAGGUAGUUGGGGAAGAGGCAACAAUGAACGGCGCUGUCUCGCAACGCUCAAGGAACAAUUCCCAAGGAAGCAAGACCAAGACCAAAAAGAACAGCACAACGGAUUCAGGCAUCGGGAGCAACGGGAACAGCUCGCGGGACUGCAACAUGCAUAAUGAAAUUUUCCUUUGAGAUUCGGCGCGGCUGUUUCUAUUUAUUGUCAUGGUGCCUAUAAUUCUAAACAUGAGGACAACUGAGAACGUUGACGGAUAUACCAAUGAACCCUAUGAAGUAUACGGGCACAGACUUCAAUACAGACUGCGGCUAGGACAAAAAAAAACAAUCGCAGAAAACGUUGAAACCCGUUUACUUUCAUGAAUAGAAAAGACUAUUAACCCAUCCAUUUCCCCCUGGAGAAAUGUUUGAACUUUGCUAUCAGAGUCACCCUUUUGUUAUACAGUACUAUGGAAACAAGCGGUGUCUGGAUUGUUUAUAUUUGCUUGUUUGCUCCAUGUUGUGAUUCGACCAUCCAUCGAUAUAGACGCGUGCCAUGUUACCUUGUUUUCCCGUUUUUAGCACUUUAUUGUAAAGUUUUCACAAUCCUACGGAACUCUCCGUUGUCGUUUUAGUGAUUUCAUUUGUUUACAAUUUGAAAUGCGUAUAAUAUUAUCACGUACAUAUUUGUUUAUUAUAUUGAAAACUUCCGUUAUUAGACGUAAAACUUGAAGGUGGAAUAUUGAAGUUAGUGUGAUUCGUACGCGUCGAAUUGGGAGUGCGUAAUAUGCAUUACUAGUAUAUAGCAGUUUUAUAGUCCCUUUGAAGUUCGAGUCAUGCAAUGAACUUAACCUUAGACAUGACAUCGAAGAAAAAAAAGAGAUCCCACUUUAGUUUUUAUUCAAAUAUAAAAAUAACAUUAUAUACAUGCAUGUAGUAGGACGGGGUCACUGAACUCUAAAUUGUCUUGUGUACGUCAAUGGCUACCAUGAUUUACUAAAUCAAACAAAUCUUGGGAUUGAAAGUGUCACAAUCGCCUGGAAAAAAUAAGUUUGUGUACAGCAAAAACGUAUAUAAUCUGCCUUAAAAAUUACACGGCAUUUUAUAAGCAUGAUUAGGUUAACAAACAAGUCGUAUGAAUAAACGAAGGAUAAAAAAAAAACCUUGUACACAACUAAGGUCUGGCCAUUCAUGUAGCUCACUGAAAAAGAUAUCGAUAAAAUCUAUGCAGAAAUUAAUCA